AGAAACACCCAAAACCCCUUCCUCUUCUCUCACUUCUUCUCUAGCCCCAUUUGCUGCAUUUACAGGAUUCAAAGCUCUUCAGCACAUUCCAGUUGUAGGCUGCAUAAAUAAAUAAGAGUAAAAACUUUGGGCAGCUUGGACCAUUGCCAGCUUGCCUGGCUCUGGCUAAACAUCAGCACGAACGGCAGGACGGACAGAGGAGUCUAUGUAGAGCCGGGGAGGGAGCCUGCCGUGCUCUCCACCAGAACUACGACAGAGUGUGGAGGCUUUGAAACCAUGCUUUUCAUCUGGGCGCUGGCGUUUAUUGCAGUGCUGCAGGAGCGGGAUCUUUUAGCUGCUGCAGAACCUGUCGAUGUGUUACCUGGAACUUUGGGAAGAGAAAGCUGGUGUCAUGAACAUGAUACAAUCCAUGAACGCUUGGAUAUUAUUGAAGAGAAGGUAAUGAAAACAGUGGAGCAUCUAGAAUCAGAAGUCAAGUCACUCCUCAAUAUCAUCAGUGAGACCGCAUCAAAUAUUCCCAUUGCUCCAGGAACCCCACUUAUGGACAUUUUUGAUGAUGCCAGCUGAACACAUCAGAGACAGAAGACAGCUGAAUGUAACAGUAUGGUUGUUAUAAACAGUUGCACUUUUGUUCGUUUAAAAAGCUUUCUUAUGUUUCCAGAAUUUGAGCAGAGAUGAACAAUUCUGAGCAGUCGUUAUCCUUCCGUGUUUUUGUGCUUUUUAAUAAAAAAGGUGUUUGCUUUUAGACAUCGUUUCAAAGCUCUGUAUUUUAAAACUGCAUUUCAAAUACAGCAUUGUCAGUAAGAAAAGAAGAUGAGAUGGAAUCCUGGACUAAACCACAGCUAACAAACUUCCCUUAAUUCAAAAUGAUAUUCCUGGCAAAAAAAGUAAGCCCUUGCUAUCAGUACAAAUCAAUGAAGCAACACUUUUAGCUGCAAUGUCCUCUCAAGACACAGUUAGAUUGUCUGACAAGAAAGAGCACAUACAGUAGUCUGGCUUUGGGCAUUGUCACAUUACUGCCAUUGAUUGAAAUAAGAGUUCUGGUUGCACAUCCUAUAAAGAAUUUGUAGUUAAAAUGCACAGUCAACUUAUUCUGAUGGCUUUACACUCCUCCACCUCGCCUGCUGUGGUGACAAUGCAAUCUCAAAUUAAUUCCAACAUCCAUCUCCCUCCUCAUCUCAGGAGGAAGAGGAAAAAAUAGAAAGGAAAUCGCCGAUAUUUUAUCUUCAAUACACAGACAAUCAACAUGAAAAUUAAAAAAUACAACAAAAGAUAGGGAAGCUGAAGAGUUUCAGAAAAAAAAAAAAGUAUAUAUUUCAUUUCCUUCAAAGAAGGAUGUUUCAAGCCCCCUCCUAUUUACCUGUUCAUAUCACAAUAUCACAUAAUCUUUGCUCCCCACAAAUGUGUUUUGUUUUUUUUUUUAACUCUAUGUAUUGUUUCAAGCUUACGUUCACAAGAUCUGAAUUUUUCCAUGACAAACAAAAACAGAACUUCCUCUAGGAAAAAAGGCCUGUGUGACCUUUAGAGAAUGGGGUGUGUGUGGGCAUGUGUGUGUAAUAAGAGAAGGAGUUUGCACAUUCUUGAUUAAUAAGUAAUCUCUUUUCACUGACCUAGCCCUAUGCCUCUUCACCCUUGUACUUUUUUGUUAUUAACAUUUCUAUUUUGAGAAUGGCAAGCUGAAGAUGUCAUUCAUCCUAGCAGAGAACAAAAAAUCAGAGUUCCAGGAGUCAGAGAAGAGAUUCCAACAUGCACAACAAAAAUAAUAAGAAAUAGCUACAGAUUACACAUAUCUUGAACAGAAAAUUGCUCUGCAAACACGUGAGUAAAGUCCUGAACUUUUGUCAGCACACAAUUUCUGAAUAAUUCUGUGGAUACAAACAGAAAAUGUCUAUGGAAAAACUAAAAUUCAUAAAGCAAGUCCUCACUCCCAUGUAGAUCAACAUGAACAACAAAAAGCAUAGUCUGCAACGUUAGAAGAUAGACAGCUUUAAUUUUAUAAUCUCUUUUUAGAUACAUAUAUUUAAGGCACAAUCCAAAACCUUACAAACAUUAACUACAGAAUGUUUACUAUUGUCAAUUUUGCUGCUUCCUUGUGACAGUUGCCUUAGUGAGAAUGAAAUGUGGAACACAUCUUCCUCAUAAACAAAAAAUCAAGCCAAGAAAACAGAACUCACCAAAACCUCUUUAGAACAGUCUUUUUUAGACAAAAAACUUGAGGGCUGUUCUCUUCAUGUAUUACUGUUAUUACAAAACCACUCCUGCAUACAAUAUAUAUAUAACUGGCAAUAAAAUGGCACAUAAUGUUUAUACAAAAUAAAACAACCUUAAAUCAUACAACUGUGAUUUUUGCUCCAGAAAACAAACACAUUAUUUCAGCAAAAUAAUAUAAGCAGAAAAAUAACUUGUCAUUCAUGGAUUGCAGAGGGUACUAUAAAGAAUCUUGAGCAGAUGGUACUUAAGCUUUUCUUUUUUGUUGUUUCUGAUUUUUUUUUUCAUUUAUUACCAUUUUUUAUUUGGAGAGAAGAGAUAUGCAAUAUUAUAUUUAAAAAUGUAAUUGUUUUAAGAGAAACAACUCAUAUUACAUCUGCUUGGUGGAAAAAAAAAAAA